UGACAGGGAGCAGGCUUCCGCAACAAACAAAUUUUAUUUAUUGGGAGCUUUUGACAUGAGGUAAAGAUUUAGCGGGGAUUUAACAUGCGUUUGGUCAACGCGUAUUGAGCUGUUACAUCUGUUCUCUUGGGAUUCAACAAAAUAUUAUAUCGCAAUGUCGGAGAUGGAGGAGCAGGGAAGAAAAUCAAGUGAGGAAUGCACCGAUGAGUCUGAGGAGGAGGACAGCGAGGAGGAGCCCAAGCUGAAGUACGAGAGGCUCACCAAUGGAGUGACAGAAAUCCUCCAGAACGACGCAGCCAGCUGCAUGACCGUCCAUGACAAGUUUCUCGCCCUAGGUACACAUUUUGGGAAGGUUUUCCUGUUGGACAUCCAAGGAAAUGUAACUCAGAAGUUUGAAAUUAGCUCAGUGAAGAUCAACCAGAUCAGUCUGGAUGAAAGUGGAGAGCAUGUGGGCAUCUGCUCCGAGGAUGGGAAGGUGCAAGUGUUCGGCCUCUACACAAGAGAGGGCUUCCAUGACAACUUCGACUGUCCCAUCAAAGUGGUUGCAUUACACCCUCAGUUCACCAGAUCAAACUACAAGCAGUUUGUCACCGGGGGCAACAAGCUCCUUCUGUAUGAAAGAAACUGGCUGAAUCGCUGGAAGACUUCGCUCCUGCAUGAAGGCGAGGGCACGAUCACUAAUAUCCAGUGGAGGGCCAACCUGAUUGCGUGGGCCAACAAUGUGGGAGUCAAAAUCUAUGACAUCAGCACAAAACAGCGGAUCACCAAUGUAUUGAGGGAUAACAUCAGUCUGAGGCCAGACAUGUACCCGUGCAGCCUCUGCUGGAAAGACAACACCACUCUCAUUGUUGGCUGGGGCACCUCCAUUAAGAUUUGCGUCGUGAAGGAGCGAAAUCCAACUGAAAUGAGAGAUCUGCCAAGUCGCUAUGUGGAAAUAGCUUCUGCAUUUGAGACCGAGUUCUUCAUCAGUGGUCUGGCACCGCUGGCAGAUCAGCUGGUCGCCCUCUUCUUCGUGAAGGAAAACUCUGACCAAAUGGACGAGGAGUUUCGUGCGCGUCCUCGUCUCGACAUCAUCCAACCUCUCCUGGAGACCUGCGAGGAAAUCUCCUCGGACGCGCUGACGGUGCGCAACUUCCAAGACAACGAGUGCAGAGACUACCGGCUCGAGCAUUCGGAGGGAGAGCCGCUCUUCUACAUCAUCAGUCCCAAAGACAUCGUUGUGGCCAAGGAGCGAGACCAGGACGACCAUAUUGAUUGGCUGAUGGAAAAGAAGAAAUAUGAGGAGGCACUGAUGGCCGCGGAGAUCAGCUUCAAAAACAUUAAGAGGCACGAAGUCCAGAAGAUUGGGAUGGCUUACAUCAAUCACUUGGUGGAGAAGGGAGACUAUGACACUGCUGCAAGGAAGUGUCAAAAAGUUCUUGGGAAAAACAUGGAACUGUGGGAGAAUGAAGUUUACAGGUUCAAGACCAUCGGACAGCUGAAGGCCAUCAGUCAGUAUCUACCAAGAGGAGAUCUACGUCUCAGGCCGGCCAUCUAUGAAAUGAUCCUACAUGAAUUUCUAAAAACUGACUAUGAGGGUUUCGCCACACUGAUCCGAGAGUGGCCGGGGGAGCUUUAUAAUAACAUGGCCAUUGUUCAGGCUGUCAAUGAUCACCUGAAGAGGGAUCCCACCAACAGCACACUGCUCACCACCCUGGCUGAGCUGUACACGUACGACCAGCGGUACGACAGAGCCUUGGAGAUCUACCUGAGAUUGAGGCACAAAGAUGUCUACCAGCUCAUCCACAGACACAACCUUUUCUCCUCCAUAGAGGACAAGAUCGUACUCCUCAUGGACUUUGACAAAGAGAAAGCCGUUGACAUGCUUCUGGACAAUGAAGACAAGAUAUCGACGGACCGGGUGGUGGAGGAGCUGGCAGACAGACCUGAGCUUCUGCAUGUGUACCUCCAUAAACUGUUCAAGAGGGACCACCACAAAGGACAAAAGUACCACGAGAGGCAGAUAGGCCUCUACGCCGAAUACGACCGACCAAACCUUUUACCUUUCCUGAGAGACAGCACACACUGCCCUCUUGAAAAGGCUCUGGAGAUCUGUCAGCAGAGGAACUUCGUGGAGGAGACCGUCUUCCUGCUCAGCAGGAUGGGGAACUGCAGAAGAGCCCUGCAGAUGAUCAUGGAGGAGCUGGGCGACGUGGACAAGGCCAUAGAGUUCGCCAAAGAGCAGGACGACGCAGAGCUGUGGGAGGAUCUCAUCUCCUACUCUAUCGACAAACCACCGUUCAUCACUGGACUCCUCAAUAAUAUCGGCACUCACGUGGAUCCCAUUCUCCUCAUCCACCGCAUAAAGGAAGGCAUGGAGAUCCCGAACCUUAGGGAUUCACUGGUGAAGAUCCUCCAGGACUACAAUCUACAGAUUCUUUUGAGGGAAGGAUGCAAAAAGAUCCUGGUGGCAGACUCCCUCUCUCUGCUCCAGAAAAUGCAUCGAACCCAGAUGAGAGGAGUUCGGGUCGAUGAGGAGAACAUCUGUGAGUCAUGCCAUGCUACAGUAUUACCCUCAGACAUGGCCAAACCCUUCAGUGUGGUGGUGUUUCACUGCAGACACAUGUUUCACAAGGAGUGUUUACCAUCUGCGGGAACAGUAAGUGACAACUCUGUGAUCCCAGGAGUGCAGUUCUGUAACAUCUGCAGUGCGAAGAGACGAGGCCCAGGAAGUGGAAUCCUUGAGAUGAAAAAGUAACAUGGAUUUAUGCACUCACAAUAAUAUUACUGAUGCUUUUUGUCUCGUUUCCCAUUUGCGUCCGCGGUGCAUUGAUCAAUAAAUAUCACUUUUCCUCAGCUAUCAAACUGUACACUAGCAAAAGUGCUUAACAUGCACACUUGAAGGUGUCUGUAUAUUUACAACUGUAAACCUCUGUGCCUGUUGUGCUUGCCACUAUUAGGGUUUGUUGAUGAAAUAAAGUCGCAGUAAAACUGUCUGUGUUUUGUAUUCUUCAAUCCAGUUUAAGUCAAUUAAGUAAAAAUGUUCGCAAAUAAUUUAAUUUUAAGUUUGAUCCGACCUUCUAUUUAUCUAUCUUUCUAUUAUGAUUUUUUAAAUCAUUGGAGUUGGAAAGUUGAUCUUCUUAAACAGAAAAUAUUAGAUAUUGAAAGUGCUAAUGCAGAAAAAAACAAGUACGUAAUGUAUCACCAGGUUAUUACCAAUAAUCCUCAUGUUGCAACUUGAAUUGCAAUUAUGUGAAUGUCAAAAUCAAUGUCAAUGUCAAAUAUCUUUAAUAGACUGAGCUGAUGUGCUUUCACUUUUAAGAUAUUAAAAUGUUUUGCUCUUGCCAUAAAGAUACAAAAACAGUCAAAACUUUGUGCACUGGUGAUGGGUAUGAAAGCAUUGAAUAAAUAAAGGAAAGGUCAUAUACUUGA